AGCAAAUCCUUUUCUUCAGUGUUCUGUGAGCUCAGAAAUCCAGGAACUGAACAAGGCCUUGAACCCAUUUUAUGGGCUCACUUCUUAAUGAGCGACCAUAAAACAUUAAAAUUCAGACCUUAUAAAUAAGGAGGGGAAAGAGCUGUGCAUUUCUUAGCAGGAGCAGCCUUUCCAGAGACUCUUCCCAAGGCAGAAGCCAGCUGGGCUCUUCAGAGAUGGCUCUGAGCAGUCCCACAGCCCUCCAUGAACUGCCUGUCCUUGCCCUUUGCUUUUUGGCCAGUGUAGCCACAGGCUUGGAGCUGUCUGUAAACGACCACACUGCUGACUUCUCCCUGUCUCCACGUUGUGGCUCUUCCCUCUCCCUCUCCUGCCUGGUACAGAACAUCAGCCAGGCUGAGGAGCUGCUCUGGUACCGAGGAGAUGGGCAAGUGGAUCUGCAUGAUGGGAAUAAAGUGAACAUCAGUAACAUCUGCAUAAGCCCAGUCACUGAGGCUGACAACGGAGUCACCUUCUCGUGCAAGCUGGCACGGGACAAGUCUGUCCAGGUGUCAGUGAUCCUGAAUGUCCCCUUUCCUCCCCAGCUGACGGGGGAAGAGUCUCUCCAAAUUGAAGAAGGCAAAGAUGUCACUCUGUCCUGCAAUGCCAAGUCCAACCCUCAAGCCCAAACAGCUUGGUUGAAAAACAACACCACCUUGACCCUACAGCCAAAUCGCCACCAGCUGUACCAGAGCAGUGAGGUCUCUGAGCUCUCCAUCAGAAAAGUACAGAAGUCUGACAAUGGGACCUACACCUGUGUGGUGACAUAUUCCUUCACAGAGAUGACAAAGGAUUUCCACCUGAUAGUUGAAGAUAAAAAACCUGUUUUUCCCAUGGAAGCUGUUAUUGCUGCUGUUGUGGUGGUUACACUCACAAUACUUUUUGGAAUUGUGGCUCGAAAAGAUAAACUUUUUAAGUGCUUCAAAGGAUCAAGUGAAACAGCACUGUGAUUUUUCAUGUCUUCUUCCAACUUUGCUUCAAGUAAAGACCACAAGGUUCCUGUGCAUACCCAGAAAACAUCAUCUGCAGAG